CUCUCUCUCUCUCUCUCUCUCUUGAACCCUAGCGCUCCACUCCUCCCUGGCCGCCGCCACCUCCGGCGCCCUCUGUCCGGCGAGAUCCAUAUGGAUCGAUCCCCUCCAACCCACGACUCCACGACUCCUCCUCCUCCUCCUCCUCCUCUCUGGAUCGAUCACCCCCAACCCACGACGACUCCUCCUCUCUGGAUCGAUCCACAACCACUUCCAAACCAGCCGCCGUCGCAGACCUCCCCCAAUCCCGGCCUCCUACACGCCGAGCCAAGCGACACUCCCCACUUCCAGACCAAACCCUAGCCAGAGACCCCUUCCUGCUCGAUGGCCAACCCCUCCAUGGCGACAAGCGGCAGGGCCCGUUGGCGAAGGGGGUCCGCGCCGUCGGGGCCCAGAUCCGCAACCGCUUCCGCGUGGCACCUGUCGACCGCAUGGCUGUGGCCCUGGCGACGGCAUGGCAGCGUCGGCCUUGGCAGCGUCGGCGGCGGCGAGCCAGUCCCUAAGAAACCACGAGAUCCUCGACACUGUGGGCACCACCGCGGCGGCGCUCUCGCUCACCGGCUCCUCCUUCAUCGUGCUCUGCUACCUCCUCUUCCACAAACUCCACAAGUUCUCGUUCAAGCUCGUCUACUUCCUCGCUGUUGCGGCUUUGCUUGCUCCUGGACAUUCCGCAUGCCCAGCGACGGAUGCACGACAACCGUGCCCAGUAUCGGCGACAACAAGAAGGCCUGGAAGACCGAACACUACAGGGCACUGAAGAUAAAGCUUGCAGAAAGAAAUAAAGAUGCCCAUAUUCUCACAUACUCCUGGAUUUCAUUUACAUCAAAUUCUCAAGAGAGGAGUACUCCUUUUUAGUAGUCUCAGUUUAAAGUAAAUUAAAUGAAAGGAGUACUCCUUUUCAGUUGUCUCAGUUUAAAGUAAAUGAAAGGAGUACUUGCUCCCUGUACUAGUUACUUCUACUACUUAUUUUUAGCUGUUUAGUACUACUCUGUAGAUCAGUGAUACUAGUCUAGUCGCUUGUAUAAUUUUGUUUAUUAGUGUAACCUGAACCAUGGAGUAGUACCCUGUUCGCAUAUGUGUGAUUAUGUGUGUUCUGUAGUCUCUAUCUCCAGUACAUGUGAACUAUAUGUUGUGGUGUAAAUCAUUUUCAUUCUAUCUUAUAAACAUGUUUCUUCAAUAGCUAUUUAUGUUCAAGUCUUGUUGUCACUGAUGUUAGCAUUUAGUUUGUCUCAAGUAAAAAAAUACUAAAAAUACAGUGUACAAAUUAGCCCAAAUAUGUGAACCUCGAUUCUGAAAACUAAAGAGUUCAUAUAUUGGUAGAUAGACUAUGAUUUAGGAUAUGCUAAACAGAAAGCUUUAUAAGAUGGAACUCUCAAUAUCAUGAGUUCAUGACUUCACUUUGUGCUUUAAUUUAAUAUGAUUAGAACUACCAUGGUUUUUUAAGUAGUUGGGGCAUUAAGAAACAGUAUGCUGGAUGUUUGGCCUUGCAUCCGUCCUUCCAUGAAUUCAUGCUUGUGCAUUGCUAGUUAUUGCUUUUUUGCAGGUCUUCUUCUUCCUCGAUCUGGUGCAGCAGCAACAAUUCAAGGUCAUGGUCAUGGAGCAACAGCCAUAUAUUUUUCUUCAUCUUAUUCUUCUCUGAGAUGACAUGAGAUGAGGCUCUAUUGUUCGGUCUUCAAUUCUUCAUGUUGCUGCUGCUACUGCUACAUCAGGACCCCCUUCAAUUCUGCAUCUGUUGCGGCUGCCGCAACUUCCACCUCCAGAAGAGCACCUGCUCCUCGUGCGAUUACCCGGCCGCCCGCAUCCGCAAGUGUGAAGUGCGAAUCCAUGUCCGAAGCUGUGAAGCAUAUCAGCAAAGAGUAGCAUAUUAUGUGUUGUAGUUGUAGGCAGUAGUAGGCAUAUCUGGGUUGUAAUAUACUCUAACGAUUGUAUUAGAUUAAUGCAGUAUGGUUUUGGACCAAUUUCAUUUGCUCUCUGUUCUGUUCGAAACAAUGAUUGUGUAUGUGCUUUGAAUACCCGUGAAAUGGAAACCUGACAAGUUAUAA